GUAGGAUCGGCUCGUAUUAGUGCCUUCUCCUUCGUCACGGCCGCAGCCUCUUUCUGACUUCGUUCAUUCAUUCUUUUUUUUUUUUCUUGUUCAUUCAAGAAGAUAGUGAGGCCUAGUCCGAAAGCCAUGGCGUGCCUUCUGUCUGUCGCCGCCGGUCUCCUGUAUUGGGUGGGCGCCGGCACGGUGGCCUACCUCACCCUACGCGUCUCGUACUGGCUCUUCUGGGCCUUUCGGCUCUGGGGUGUGGGCAACGAUGCGUGGGUCGGGCCGCGGCUCGGCGAAUGGGCAGUUGUCACUGGCAGCACUGAUGGGAUUGGAAAAUCAUAUGCGGAGCAGCUAGCAAAGCGUGGAAUGAAGAUUGUUCUUAUCAGCAGAUCACAGGAUAAACUAAGCCAAGUUGCCAGCGAAAUAAAAGAGAAAUUUAAAGUGGAGACAAGAACUAUUGCUGUUGACUUUACAUCAGAAGAUAUUUAUGACAAAAUUGAAGCAGGCUUGGCAGGACUUGAAAUUGGUGUUUUAGUGAACAACGUGGGAAUGUCAUACGACUAUCCUGAAUACUUUCUGGACAUUCCUGACUUGGACAAUACCAUCAGGAAACUGAUAAAUAUUAAUGUAAUUUCUGUUUGUAAGAUGACACGAUUGGUGCUGCCUGGCAUGGUAGAGAGAUCUAAAGGUGCCGUUCUGAACAUCUCCUCUGCCAGCGGCAUGCUCCCAGUUCCGCUGCUGACCAUCUACUCUGCGACCAAGGCUUUUGUAGACUUCUUCUCCCAGUGCCUCCAUGAGGAGUAUAGAAGCAAGGGCAUCUUUGUGCAGAGUGUCCUGCCAUACUAUGUGGCUACGAAGCUGGCUAAAAUCCGGAAACCAACUUUGGACAAGCCCUCCCCAGAGACAUUUGUGAAGGCUGCACUCCAGACAGUCGGCUUAGACGCUCGGACGAACGGCUACCCGAUCCAUUCUCUGAUGGGCUCAAUACACUCACUGCUGCCUACGUGGCUUUUUGCAAAAAUAUCCAUGAAUAUACACAAGUCCCUGCGAGCUCGCUAUCUGAAGAAAAACAAGAAGAACUGAGCACAGGGGACUGCAGCGGGUACCUCGGUCCUUACACAGCGCCCCCGGCCAGUCUGCAAAUGUCACAGCUGUUUCAGUGGUUACUAACUUGGCUAAAUUUUAACCUCCUUUGGGAGGAAAGCAAAAGUUGCUCUGAGGAGCUCCUGACUUCUAUUCUGGAUGCUAAUAAAUUUGAAGCUUGAUGUAAAUGCUCGUGUCAAAUGGAUAAAGAACUAACAUGGCCAAGAGCAGCUAAGCAGGAAAGAGCAUAGCGACAGCAAACCACGGGCUGCCAGGCAGGCCUCCGGCCACGCAGGUCACCUGGUCCAAGCAGCUCAUUGACAAGCCAUCAUUCUCGCGUUUUCUCCGAGCCCUACCGUAAAACGGGAUGGCUGGCUGCUCUUGCUUGGCUUUAACACUUUGAGGGGAUGGAGAUUAGCUGGUUCCAUAAUGGGCAGACCCACCACAACUUCAAAUAGAUCUAUGGAAGAUUUUCUAGGAGUGGGUUCCAGUCUGUGCGCUUAGAUGAAACUACUCUUUCUCAAAAGAAGUGCCAGAGAUG